UCCUGCCUGUCUGACCUUCAUAGCGGUAAGGAUGUUCGCCAGGACCAGCGCGUUGGUGUUCUCCCCACAAUGUGGGCAGGUCAGGAACAUGGCUACCCUGAAGGACAUCACCAUUCGGUUGAAGUCCAUCAAGAACAUCCAGAAAAUCACCAAGUCCAUGAAGAUGGUGGCCGCCGCCAAGUACGCUCGUGCUGAGCGGCAGCUGAAGCCGGCCCGGGUAUACGGCACCGGCGCCCUCGCUCUGUAUGAGAAGGCCGACAUCAAGGCCCCCGAGGACAAGGCCUCCAAGCACCUGAUCGUAGGCGUGACCUCUGACCGCGGCCUCUGCGGCGCCAUCCACUCCGGCGUGGCUAAGACCAUCAAGAGCGAGAUCGCCAACCUGACCGGCGCCGGCAAGGAGGUGAUGGUGAUCAACGUGGGAGACAAGCUGAGGGGCCUGCUGUACAGAACUCAUGGGAAGCAUAUCCUGCUGAACUGUAAGGAGGUCGGCCGUAAGCCGCCCAACUUCGGCGACGCCUCUGUGAUCGCGGCCGAGCUGCUGAACUCUGGGUACGAGUUCGACCAGGGAUCCAUCGUCUUCAACAGAUUCAGGUCCGUUAUCUCCUACAAGACGGACCAGAAACCCGUGUUCUCCAUCGACACGGUGGCUUCCUCAGAAAACUUGGGGAUCUACGACGACAUCGAUGCCGACGUUCUGAGGAACUACCAGGAGUUUGCUCUGGUGAACGUUCUCUAUCUGGCGCUGAAGGAAUCGUCCACCAGCGAGCAGAGUGCCAGGAUGACGGCCAUGGACAGCGCCAGCAAGAACGCAUCUGAGAUGAUCGAUAAGUUGACAUUGACCUUCAACCGGACCCGGCAGGCCGUCAUCACCAAGGAGCUCAUUGAGAUCAUCUCUGGAGCUGCAGCCCUAUAAACUGGACCGGACCGUGGAUUCUGUUCCGGACCGGACCGGGCCGUGGAUUCUGUUCCAUCGCUGCAGACUUGAUAUUUGUUUGAGUCUAAUGAAGAUUUCUGCUUCUGUUUGUAAAAUAUGUGGAGAAAAUAAAGCUCUAACCAGAACCUGGA